AUGUCGUCGUCUAUGAUGGAUCCCGUUGCUUUUGCCAAGGAUUUUGUUGCUGGAGGCGUUGCCGCAGCCAUUUCCAAGACUUCCGUUGCUCCCAUUGAACGAGUCAAGCUUCUGCUUCAAGUUCAGCAUGCUUCUAAACAGCUUUCCAAGGAUCAGCAGUACAAAGGUAUCGUGGACGCUUUUGUGCGGAUCCCGAAAGAACAAGGAUUUCUCAGCUACUGGCGCGGAAACUUGGCCAAUGUGAUCCGGUAUUUCCCCACUCAGGCACUGAACUUCGCCUUCAAGGACAAAUACAAGCAGGUUUUCUUGGGAGGAGUGGAUAAGAAGACGCAGUUCUGGCGCUACUUCGCUGGUAAUCUCGCUUCUGGUGGUGCCGCCGGAGCAACCUCCCUCUGCUUCGUGUACCCCCUCGACUACGCCCGAACAAGGUUGGGAGCUGACGUCGGUAAGGGAGCCGCUCAACGAGAAUUCAAUGGUCUGGGUGAUUGCUUGUCAAAGACAUUCAAGAGCGAUGGACUCGUCGGAUUGUACCGUGGGUUCAACGUGUCCGUUCAGGGCAUCAUCAUCUAUCGUGCGGCUUACUUCGGAUUCUACGACACUGCCAGGGGCAUGUUGCCGGAUCCCAAGAAGACUCCAUUCUUGGUUUCAUGGGCCAUUGCCCAGGUGGUGACAACUGUUGCUGGCAUCAUGUCAUACCCAUUCGACACGGUACGAAGACGCAUGAUGAUGCAGUCUGGUCGCAAGGGAGCUGACAUCAUGUACACCGGAACAAUAGAUUGCUGGCGCAAGAUCGCUCAACAAGAAGGUACCAACGCCUUCUUCAAGGGCGCGUUCUCCAACGUACUCCGAGGAACUGGCGGCGCCCUCGUGUUGGUGUUGUACGACGAGAUCAAGACUUUCCUGUUUUGA